UUGUCUGGGAACGUCAAGUGUUUACAGAAGCCAAAAAAGUUGGGUAACUAGUUUAACCUGUACCGUAAUUUUGCGAGAAGCACGCCGAAUUUGAUGGAGCGUUGGCGGGGCAGAGUGGCUCUGGUCACCGGAGCCUCGGCUGGUAUCGGUGCGGCUAUUGCCAAAGACUUGGUCCGCUUCGGAAUGACAGUUGUGGGCUGCGGCAGGGACGUGGACAAAAUAAAGUCCAUCGCAGCCGAAUGUCAGCGUGAAGGCCUCGGGGGCCUACUGGUGCCGAUGAAGUGCGACCUGGCCCGCGAGGAAGACAUCAUGUCCAUGUUCAGCGCUAUCAAAAUGCAGCACAAGGGCGUAGACGUGUGUAUCAACAACGCAGGCUUGGCCCACCCGGAGCCCCUGCUGAGCGGCAAGAGCUCAGGCUGGAGGAACAUGCUGGAUGUCAAUGUACUUGCCUUGUCUAUAUGCUCACGAGAGGCUUAUCAGUCCAUGAAAGAAAGAAAUGUGGACGAUGGGCACAUUAUCAACAUCAACAGCAUGGCCGGUCAUCGCGUGGUUCCAAGCAGCGACGUGCAUUUCUACUCCGCCACCAAGUUUGCAGUGACAGCGCUGACGGAGGCCUUGAGGCAGGAACUGCUCGCGGCCAACACCCAUAUAAGAGCUUCGUGUAUAUCUCCCGGUCUCGUGGAGACGGAAUUCUUUCAUCGGCUCAACGACGGUGAUGCUGAAAAAGCAGCUGCCGUGUACUCCACUUAUAAGGCACUGAAAGCCAAAGAUGUUGCUGAUGCAGUCACUUAUGUCCUCAGCGCCCCUCCACACGUGCAGAUUGGAGAUGUUCAGAUCAGACACCAGGAACAGUGGUUUUAGCCUCUGUUCACUUCAAGCUAAAAGGUCAUUUUUUAGAUAAUUUUUUUACCCUUCAUUAAGUUGCUAAAAAUGAAUAUCAACAUAAAGUUGAAAAAAAUCCCUUCUUCAGAUAAGAUAGGUGUGGCUGAAGAACACAGGAAAUUCUUUCAAGCAUACAGUACCAUAUCUUUAUUAAUGACACGUUGAUUACUUUAUGAGGUCUUAUUCAAGGAAAAAAAAGGGACCAUUGGACCUUGUUAGCAUUGAUAAGGUCCAAAAAGUGGACUGAAUGCACAGAAAAAUAUUAGGGCUGUCAAACGAUUAACAUUUUUAAUCGAGUUAAUUACAGCUUAAAAAUUAAUUAAUAGUAAUUAAUCGCAAUUAAUCGCAUUCAAACCAUCUAUAAAAUAUGCCAUAUUUUUCUGUAAAUUAUAUAUAUAUUCUGUAAAAUAAUUUGUCGGAAUGGAAAGAUAAGACACAAAAUGCAUAUAUACAUUCAACACACGGUACAUAGGGACUGUAGUGGGCAUUUCACUCUACUGUCAUUUAAAUCUGUCUAUGCUGUCCUCACUCCGAAGCGUCUACUUUUUCCAAAGCUAGACAGCUAGUGAACGACGCCUUAACAAUCAGACUUCUUCCUUUUUCAUCUGAUUUAUUAAUAAAAUGGCCUCAAACCACUGUCCUCUUUAGACCGUAGUGAAACUACAAUAAAAAAGUACACAAGCAUUGGAUUAGCAACAACGUUAGCUUAGCACGCUAUACAGGUUCACUAAACAUAAACAAAAAGCGUCUCAUACAAAAAAUAUAACAUUUCGCUUACUAACAUAAUAUGUACAUUCUUUACAACAACCAUACUUACGGACAAAUCUUGUCCAAGGAUCAUAUAAGCACAACAUUACAACGUGGGCGUCAGCCCGAGACGUCGUGCAGCCAUAUUGAACUGGCAAGAAAGCAAUAAACCAUGUCGCAAAGCGACCACAAGAGUUCGCUGUUAGACAGCACAAAAAACCUUGCUGUAAAACUUACCAAAAGGCAGAAUACUGUCUGAGCGGGACAUGUGCGUUAAUUGCGUCAAAUAUUUUAACGUGAUUAAUUUUAAAAAUUAAUUACCGUGCGUUAACGCGAUAAUUUUUACAGCCUUAAAAAAUAUUGUUCAUUCCCAUCUUUAAUCGUUAAAAAACAACAUUGUUAUGCGUCUUUGGUAGUGAAUGAGUUAAAUGUUGCUUUUAUUUUAAAUCUGGGACUCUCCAUGUUAAAGGGACUAAAGCAGUGCUUCUCAAUUAUUUUCUGUUAAUGUCCUUCAAGAAUUUAAACUAGGGAUGAUCCGAUAACGUGAUCGGAAAUCGGGCCGAUCGCGCCAUUUUUCAGAGGAUGGGAAUUGGGUGAAAAGAAUAAUGUUUUUAAUUUAAAAAAUAUAUGUUUUUCUGCUUCAUGCUCUUACACCCUCUCACUCUCACUCCUGCUGCUUUUCAUGGUCAGCAGGCAGCCGGAGUUUGCUUGUUAAAGUUAACAAUGAUUGACUGGCAUUGAAGCUUUGAUCUUGCCAGAAAAGCUUGUUAGCACUACCUUCAAAGCCCUGAAUGUGUCAAUCAUCGUUUAGCUUGUUAAACACUGGAGGUAGUGUGCUGUGGCAACUCAUUGUGUGUGUGUCAGCGGCUGUUCUCAGCAGCGUGGACCGAUUUAUAUGGACUCACUCAAUGAAGCAUUUAAUAAAGACGAGCAUUUUUCUACGUUGUUUUUGUUUCAAUAGAAUUCACAUCAUGAAGGCGGCACGGUGGUUGAACAAAACUUUUUUUUUUUUCGGUAUCGGAUCGGGACUCAGAAUCAAAAAUAUGUGAUCGGAACAUCCCUCACUUAAACAGUGCUUUCCUGACAUACCUGUCUCUUAAAAGUUGUAUUAGGUUCAUUUUGCCUACACUUAUAGAUUAGUCAAAUUGUUCUUUUAUCCCUGACAAUAGUAGGUGGUUUAAUCACCUGACAUGUUUCGUCAAACACUUCCGCCUUUGUAAAGCUUCAGAGACUAUUAUCAAAUCCACUAAAAAGAAAGAAAAAAUUACAUUUAUUGUUUAAUCUAUUACGCACAUAUCUAUAUUUGCCGUCAUCGCUAGAAAGGAAAUGUUUGCGCAUGCGCAGUAGCAAUCCGUUGCGAUCCAGUAGCCAGUUACGAUCGGGUAGUGACACAUGCGGUGCUGGCAGCACUGCAAUUGUGUCAGAUAAUGCUCAAUUUCACCCAGAAAAUGAUUGCAAUUACAAAUGCUUUGGUAGUAAUAUCUUCAUUUAUUUUGCUUGCAAUGAAAAAACACAAAGAGAAUGAAAAAACAAUUUA